AUGACCUGUACAACCUGUCUCCGUGUUUUAACGAAGGAAAUAUUUGAUCAAGGUUGCAAGCUUAUGGCAUCUGGAGUGAAUGGAAUUGAUUUGAGAGAUGGUAUCUGCAUGGCAGUUGAUGAUGUCAUGAGAAACCUGAAGAACAUGGCCCGAAUGAUAAACACUUUCCAGGAAAUAGCACAGGUGGGUACCAUAUCAGCUGAUGGGGAGAAAGAACUUGGCGAGCUCAUUGCAAAUGCUAUUGUGAUGGUUGAUAAGGAGGAAAUUAUCACCAUUGUGGAUGGUAGCACUCGAUGCAGCGAGCUUCAAGUUGUGAAAUGCAUAAAGCUUGAGAGAGGCUACUUCACUCAACACUUUAUUACCAACCAAAAGUACAAAACAUGUGAACUAGAUGAUCCCUUAAUCUUCAUACAUGAUCAGAUGGUAUCCAAUGUUCAAGCCAUCAAAGUGUUGGAGUUUGCUAUCACGGAAGGAAGGCCUCUGCUUAUUCUUGCAGAAGAUGUAGAUGCUAAAGCAAUAAAAACUAUGGUCGCUGAAAAAUAUAUUAAAGGCAUGAAGGGCGAAGAGUCGCUCUACCGACGCCCCGGCCGCGAUCACCACACCCCCCACGGCGCGCCAGAACUCGCGCGCGAACGGGCAGACAAACAUCAGAUGGUCCGCGGUUUCCAGCUCCGCCAAGCAGACGGGGCAGCCGGCCCCCGCGCGAUCAACAAUGGUCUUCCGAAGAAGGGCAUCCCGAGUGUUGACUCGACAAUGGACCAGCAGCCAGCAGAAGAACUUCACCCGCGACGGCACGCGCGUCCCCCAGACGAACGCUGCAUGAGGCGAGAGCCGCCCGCCAUAGCGCAGGAGGGCGUAAGCGCGGCGCGCGACAAGCCCUCCCAACCGGGGGUGCCCACAAAGCGGCAGCAUCCUCUCAUCUACGCCCGACGCCACAGGUGCAUCAGGGAGAAUGGCAAGGAGGGCUUCUCGCUCCCGAGCACCCGCCCGGGUGUGUCUUGGGACCAAGAUGCGGUCGAGCCCACCGUUCCAGACGUAGAACACAGUGGCCUCGGCGCUCGUGGUGUGCGAGUCUGCGCGGUCAAAGUUCCUGGUCAUGGAGAGAACAUGGAACUCAAUUUACUUGCUAUCGUUACAGGCGGGCAAAUCUUUACUGAAGAAAAUGGAAUGAACCUUUUGCCUCACACACUUGGCACUUGUAAGAAGGUCAUAGUAUCUGAGGAUGACUGCACAAUCUUUGGUGGAGCCGCCGAUGAUAAUACCAUCGAGAACAGAACUAAGCAGCUGGGAUCUGCAACUGAGAAAAGCACGGGAUUGGCAGAAAUGUAUUGUCGUGCUGCUAUUAUGAAGAUUGGUGGAAUGGAUAAGCUGGAGAUUGGUGAGAAGAAAGACAGAGCGAUACAUGCACUAAAUGCAACGAAAGCUGCAGUUGAGGAGGGCAUUGUACCAGGUGAUGGUGUUGCCCUGGUUUAUGCGGCAAAAGACCUGGAUAAGCUGGACACUGCAAAUGUUGGCCAAAAGAGCGGUGUUCAGAUUAUUCAAAAUGUCUUGAAGAUACCAUUUCACACCAAUGCUUCAAGUGCUGGUCAUGAUGGUGAUGACAUUCUUAGCAAGAUCUUAGAGCAGAACAAUACUGGCCUGGCAUAUGAUGCUGCCAAAGGUGAAUAUGCCGAUAUGCUGGAGGCCGGUUCCAUUGAGCCACUUAAAGUGAUCAGAACAGCCCUGAUGGAUGUCCAACGAGAGUCAUGUCAAAUGUUAACUGACACAGACGGCCACUUGAGCCCGAAGGAAAGAACGCAGAACAAGCAAUUUGCGGUGCCAUGAGCAGGACGUUUUUAACCUGCUUUAACUCUGAUUACUAAGUUUACAUUUAGGUUUGAACAUCUUAUAAUUUGGAACGGAGGGGGUACUUAUUUGCACUAUCUGUGUCACUCUGCUUCAUGCCUCGAAUAUUUGUUUGAGACAACUGUUACAGCCUACCAGGAUUGUGUUGCCUUUACUUGCAAGAAUGCUUAACUCUGCUUCAUGCCUAGUGGAGUUGGUUUACUUAUUUGCAACCUUGCUGUAGAGCCAGAUGACGCCAGCCAAGAGCCACCCGCUGAUCGACUCGAAGCCGACGGUGACGUACACUG